AUGCUGCCUCAACGCGCCCUGCCGUGGGGUCGUCUCCACCUCGCGGGGCCGCUCCUCCACUGCGGCGCUGCAGCAGCAGCAACAGCAGCAGCAACAGCAGCAGCAACAACUGCAGCAGGAACAGCGGAGGCAGCAGCAGCAGCAGCAGAGGCAGCUGCAGCAGCAGCAGCACCAGGGUUUGUCUGUUAUCGCUGCAGGCGAUGGGAGCUUCCUUAUAGCUCUGCUGCUGCAGCUGCUGCUGCACCGAGUGCUGCAGCAUCUCUGCCAAGGCGCGCAAUGCAUGCAGCAGCAGCAGCAGCAACAGCAGCAGCAACAACGGCAGCAGCAAAAACAAAAGCACCAGCAGCAGCAGCAACAGCAGCAGCACCAGAAGCAGCAGCAGCAGCAGCAGCAGAAACAGCAGCAGCAGCAGAGAAGAAAGGAGGCAGCAGCAGACGAUACACAGUUGCUGCUGCUGCGCGGCAGUUUGCUGCUGCAGUGCCGCUGCAGCUGGUGCGUGCUGCUGCAGCAGCAACAGAAGCAGAAGCAGCAGCAGCAGACUUCGUUCCCCUCCGGGCACUGUGGAGGCGCUGCGUGCAGCAGCAGCAGCAGCAGCAGCAGCAGCAGCAGCAGCAGCAGCAGCAGCAGCAGCUAGAGUUGGGGGGUGAUGAAGACCCGCUGACGCUCGAGCACGUUUGCCUUCUCCUUGAGGGAUGUAUUGCUGCUAAGCUGCGCGAGUUCUCUGUGGUUUCUGCGUUGCUGAAUAUAGGAGCAGCAGCAGCAGCAGCAGCAGCAGCAGCAGCAAACCCUAGCGCUCCGCUGCAGCACCUCCCCCGGUUAAGCAAAGCGGCGCGGCAGCUGGCUUUUCUUAAUUUCGAGUUUUUUGAGGAAGCAGAGAAACUGAUAGAAAGAGCCAAACCACAAACUCUGGCUGCGUUGUGGGAUGUUUGGGAUCUUUGUGCUGUUGCUGAGGCCUUUGCUGCCCAGCGGAUGCCAUCAGCUGCUGUUGCUGCAGCAGCAGAAGCUGUGCUGCAGCAGCAGCAGCAGCUGCUGCAGCAGCAGCAGCAGCAGCAGCAGCAACUGCUGCCGUUUGCUGCUGCAGCGAGGCUGCUGCUGGCAUUUGCACAGCUGGACAUACACUCGGACUCUUUGCUGCAGCCGCUGCAGCAGCACCUGCAGCAGCACCUGCAGCAGCAGCAGCAGCAGCAGCAGCAGGUGGAUACAGGACUUCACCCUGACGUACUGAGCGAAGCUCGGGGGUUGCUGCAGCAGCAGCAGCAGCAGCAGCAGCUGCAGCAGCAACAGCAGCAGCAGCAGCAGCAGCAGCAGCAGCAACUGCUGCCGUUUGCUGCUGCAGCUCGGCUGCUACUGGCAUUUGCACAGCUGGAUAUACACUCGGACUCUUUGCUGCAGCCGCUGCAGCAGCACCUGCAGCAGCACCUGCAGCAGCAGCAGCAGCAGCAGCAGCAGCAGCAGCAGGUGCUGCAGCGGGAAGAAGCCCUUGCCCUGGGAGCAGCAGCAGAAGCUUCGCUGCUGCUGCAGCACCACCACCAGCAGCUGCAGCAACCACAAAUAGAUUGGAACUCCUUGCUGCUGUCUUGCAUUGAACGGGUUGCUGCUUUUGCUGCUGAACAGCCAGAGACCUUCUGGAGGCGCCCAUCGAAUGCUCGGCUCCACAGGCAAAUCCUCCUCUGCCGCUUAGCACUACGCACGCUGGAUCGCCCUGCAUAUGAACGUCUUGAUUCGAGAACUCGGAGCCUUCUUCGGCAGCUGCAGCGCGUUGAGUUGACGCUAACCCCUCGCCCCCCAACUGUGUUUGUUCAGAAGUUUAGUGCUAUUCUGACGAAGCUGCGUAUCGCCCAUCAGACUUACGCAAUGCGGUGCGUUUCUUUAGGAAUUCUCUGCUUCGAUAUCCUCGAGAGAGACCGCAAGCUAGCUUGGUGCUGUGACACAGCUGAUCGUUUCUACUGCGGCACCAACAAAAAAAUAGCAACAAUUCGUCUACAAGAAAUGAUUGUGAGGGGUUUGGGGAUUCAUAUGGCGAGCUGCGCGUACUGGCAGUGGAACAAAAUGAAGGCGAGACGGACGCGUAUUGAGUACAUACGGAUGAGCCGCUACUAUGCAUUGCAGGACCGAAGAGAGACAGAUCUAGGGUUUGAGGGGUGGUUGCUGCCGCACGUGCACCACAUACACCGCAGAAACCACCUAGAAGUGCUUUCUCACUUUCCUAACAACCAGCCCCUCGGCCACGUUGUAUACUAA